UCGUCCCCCAUUCCACCGACCAAACCCUCCGUCUCACCGGCCGCCGGCCAUGGAGAAGCCGACGGCACUCGCCGCCAAUAACCGCGAACCCGGCGGAGCCGCCGGAGGCAUUCCACGGAAGCGGGGUCAGAGUGACAACUGCUACGGCGAUAUCAUCAGCGGUCUCCCCGACGCCAUCCUGGGCACCAUCAUCUCCCUCCUCCCCACCAAGGAGGGCGCCCGCACGCAGGCCAUCUCUCGCCGCUGGCGCCACCUCUGGCGCUCCGCCCCCCUGAACCUCGAGGUCGCCCCCAGCCUCUGCGCCAACCUCAGUGAGCUCGCCUCCUUCCUCUCCAAAAUCCUCUCCGAGCACCCCGGCCCCGCACGCCGCUUCCGCUGCCCCUCCAUCCACCUCGGCGACAGCUACGCACAGGUCGACGGCUGGCUCGGCUCCCAAGCCCUCACCAACCUCCAGGAGCUCGACAUCAGCUUCGUGCGCCCGUCGCCGCGGCCCGAGACGGAUCACGCGCUGGCGUCGUCUCUGUACCGCCUGGCAUCCACCCUCGUCGUGGCCAAAAUCGGCGGUUGCAAUUUCUCCAAAGAGGUCGUGCCACUGUCGAAUUUCCCCUACCUGAAGGACCUCACACUACACUACGUCUCCUUGUCGGAGGAGUUCCUACACGGCAUGCUCUCUAGCUGCAAGGCCUUGGAGAACCUGCUGCUCUGGAACAUCUUUAUCGCCGGCCACCUCCGCAUCAGCUCACCGACUCUUCGGCGCGUUGGCUUCUCCGUUUGUGCUGGUCACAAGGAGCUUGUCAUUGAGGAUGUGCCUCGCCUUGAAAGGUUGCUGCUACCUUCUCGAGGCAGAGGCGGUGGGACUAUUCAGUUCAUCCGGGCACCUAAACUGGAGAUGUUAGGCCCUUUGUCAGCUGGUGUCGCAGUAUUUCAGGGAACGAUGCCGAUCAGCUUGACAAACUUGAUGCACACUGUGAAGGCUUUAGCUCUCACUUCUGGCCCUCAACUGAAUGUUGUUCUUGACAUCCUCAAGUGCUUCCCCUACUUGGAAAGGCUCUACGCUGUUCUGCAGAAAAAUUCAAAGAUGGAUGUGAAAGACGUGUCUCUAUAUGGCCCACUAGAUUCAGUCGAAUGUCUCGGGACCCAUCUCAAAGAAAUGGUGAUACUGAAUUACGAAGGCCGUGAGCAAGAUGUUGGCUUUGCCAAGUUCUUUGUUUUGAAUGCAGUGGUCCUAAAGAAAAUCAAAUUUGGAGUCCCUAAGAACAACAACAGUGACUGGGUGGCUAUUCAACUGGAUUUGCUGCAAGUGGAGAAUAGGGCUUCUCAAGACGCUCAAUUUGAUUUCAAAUGUGGUUUGGAUGAUGUCAUUAACUACCCGUGUAUCCAUGACUUGUCAUUGACCGAUCCUUUUGACUGCUUGUUUUCUGAAUGAGAGAACACGUCGAGGACUCAACUGCAUAUGGAGACAUUUACAUCAGGAUGUCAUGUUGAACAAGAGUUCUGCCGUAAUACCGAUAAGUGGGCCGUUUCCUCCUAGGUGUUUCCCUGAAUUCAGUUAGAAAAUGCCUUACUACUUACUACCAGAUGCAUAAUGCGGAACAUAUGCUGCGUGGAAGUGGAACCAUAUGUAGUGGUUCAUAAUGCCUUGAUACCAUUCACCAGAUGCAUCAGUUGUCACAAACCAUGUGAAGUGCUCAGACGAUUGUCAGAUUUUAAAUUUAAAGUUGGACAGAGAUCCUGUCUAAACAUGUAAGCUCGGUAGCUCGCUCCGCCUGAUCUUUCACUCCGUUUUGUUUUGCUUUCAGUUUGUUUCGUUCAUGGAUGGAAUAUGUGACAUGAAUCGUGGCACCAGGAAUUUGUGUAGCCAGAUAUGAUCAUUUAUUUAUGUGAGAUGUGAGAAAAAGAGAGGUUGAAGUGUGUAUCUACAUUCUACCGUUGCUAUUAUAUCUGUCCUCUAGGGAUAUUUUGUAGACAAUCCGUCCUCUAGGUUGUACUCCCUCCGUAAAGAAAUAUAAGAGCGUUUUAGAUCACUGCUCGUCGCGGCGGCCGGCAUCCGCUCCUGACCUCCCCGUUCCUUUGCCCAUCGGCCAGCGUCAGGGCGACGCCGUGAGGGAUAAGGGGCGGCGAGCGGUGGUUGGUGUCAAGGAGUGACGAGCGAAGAAGUCAGGAGCGAGAUCCGGCGGGGUCACCGGAAGCGGGGACGGAGGGGGGACCGCGACGGCGAUCUCGUGAGCCACCUCCCCGAUGCCAUCCGCAUCUGCCUUCCUCCCCGCCAAGGAUGGUCCGCUCCACUCUGCUUCUGCGUUGACUUCUCUGGUCGUCCUUCAAGUGAACUAGAACUGGCCCUCGAUGAAGCCCAAGUCUUCCAGGGAAUGGUCUCAAUCAUCUUGGCACCAUCAUCUCAAGACUGUCAAAUACGCACCGUCAAGGUUUUGGCUCUCCAGUCUUUUCGCCCUCAAAGAAUGCAGUUCUUGAUGUCUUGAGGGAGUGUCCCCAGUCAGCUUGGCAAACUCAAUAUGCACUGUGAAGGUUCUGGCUCUCUACUCUUCUGGCUCUCAGUUGAAUGCAGUUCUAAACAUCCUCAGGUGCUUUCCCCGCUUGGAAAAGCUCUAUUUCACUUUGAAGAAACACCCAAAGAUGGAUAUGAAAAAUGUGCGCCUGUGUGACCCACUAGAUCCAAUCGAAUGCCUCGCAAUCCAUCUAAAAAAAUUGGUGUUUGAAAAUUACAAAGGCCGUGACCAAGAUGCUGACUUUGCCAAAUUCUUUAUUUUGAACGCAAAAGUGCUGAAGGAAAUCAAAAUUUCAAGCCCUAAGGGCAACGAUAUUCAAUGGGUGGACGAUCAACACAGGCUGCUACAAGUGGAAGAUAGAGCUUCUCGAGAUGCUGAACCUGAAUUUAGAAGUGAGUUUAGCUGUUUGGGUAAAACCAAACAGAUUCAUGAUUUAUUGGAUAAUCCCUUCGACUGCUCGUGUUCUAGAAUUAAAUGCAAUGUUCUUUCAGGUGAAGCAUGUCCAUGAUUCGUCAAUGGCCGAUCUUUUCAAAUCCUUGUCUCAUAGACAGGGUUAAUGCCCGAAUAUUGUGUAGUCUUUGCCCCUUCUCUAGAAGGGAUAUAUGCUCGAAAAUUGUAUUAUCUUUUGUCCAGACUCAAAUUUAUGGCUGCUUGAUCUCUGGUUAGAACUUAUUUCCUGUUUUUGUCUCACUAAGUUAUCUAUGUUGAAACUGCAAAAUGUAUGAAUGCAAAAAGGGUUUAUCAAAGCCAUUACCGCUCAUCAUGGAUGCAAAUUUAUAUACUGAUGUAAAAUGUAUGCUGACUGCAAAACAUGCUUGUAUUGAAAAAUCAAUCAUCUUUUCACAUACAAAAGUUUGUAAGGUUUGAGUGCUGGUUUUCGAACCGCUUCCGUUUUUGCUUUACUGUACUCUUCUCAGUGCAGAUGCUCCUAUGAACUCUCGAGGUUUUGUUUUUGUUGCAUAAUUCUCUGUUUGUAGAUCAGGUGUUUGGUUGUCAUUUUAAUCAAAACUUCUGCUGCUAUGUUUGGAGGCGAGCCUGCACUGGUCUCAUCCGAAUGGAAUUGUAAGAUCGUCUCAUGGUGGGAAUAUUAACAGCCGGGACCUCGUAUUCAGAAACAGCAAGGUGGUUCAUUUAUUGGGUUAUGCGCACCUUCUGCCUGUUAAGUUGUUUUCAGAAAUUAUUACUAGCCUAUGCUGUGCGGAUUUCAUGGUUAUCUGGGAACAGCAAGAAGAGCAGGUGAUGUGAAGAGCUACGCGUUUGUAUAACUAUGCAAUGUAAUACCAGUUUAACCCUGUAUCUGUACCAAGUACCAUGUUCAUCUUGUUGCCACAUUCUGUAUUCAUAAGCAUUAUACCAUGUUUCAUGCAUGGAUCGAAUGUCAUGGAUAUAAGCUAUUUGGUGGGUCAUUUCUUGUUUCUUAAAAAUGGACCUUGUACCAUCUGAGCUGUUACCUGAAUCUGCAACUGGAAUGCAGUGUUCCUUUGACCACUUCUA